AUGAAGCUCACCUUCAAAACGCUGCAAAAGCAGCAGUUCGUAUUAGAUGUGGAACCUUCUAUUACUAUUGCUAAUUUAAAAUUACAAAUUAAAGAAUCGCAAGGUUUUGAACCUGAAUUACAAAAAAUCAUCUUUAGCGGUAAGAUUUUAAGUGAUGAAAAAUUGAUUUCAGAUAUUGAAGUAAAAGAGAAGGAUUUUUUCGUAAUCAUGCUUAUGAAACCAAAGACUGCUCCUACAGUACCAGCACCAUCUACCUCCGCAGCCGCUGUUCCUUCCUCUACAAGUGCACCAGUUCAAACCUCAACCCCUGCCGCACCUCCAGCUACCUCAACCCCAUCUGCGAAUCCAGAAAGUACUCCUGCUACUACUACCGAACCUCAAGCUGCGGUGGACUCUUCCACCCCUGCCGUAGCGCCAGGGACUCAAGAUCCUGGUUUUCUCACUGGAUCUGGUCUUCAAACAACAAUUGAUGAGAUUGUCAAUGGAAUGGGUUUCCCCAGAGAGGAGGUAGUGAAAGCUAUGCGAGCUGCGUUCAACAACCCAGAUCGGGCAGUCGAAUAUUUGAUGACGGGUAUCCCAGCUGGUCUCGAUGCCCUACCACCAUCAGCCGCUCCUCGUGCCGGUGCUCCUACCCCUGCAACUGCAACUGCACCAACACCAGGAGCGAAUGCCGUUCCUGCUCCUGUCGCUCCUACUACCGCAUCCCGAAAUUUGUUUGAAGCUGCUGCCCAACAUGUGGCUCAACAACGUCAACCAGCCGCUGCAGCUACUCCAGCUGCAGCGCCAGCAGGUGCAGCAGGUGCAACAGCAAAUACGUCUCGAGUACUUGAAAGUUUACGAAACAAUCCCCAAAUGGUUCAAUUAAGACAAUUAGUUCAAACGAAUCCACAACUUUUACAACCAUUUAUGCAACAACUUGGACAAUCAAAUCCAGCUUUGUUAGCUCAACUUUCAGCUAAUCCUGAACUUUUAAUGGGAUUUUUAUCUGAAGGAGCAGAUCAAGCUGGUGACUUUGGGAUGGAUGAAGGUGGUUUUCCUCCUGGUUUAGGUGGUGGUGAUGGAACUGGUGCUCAAUAUGUUCAAGUCACACCUGAAGAACAAGAAGCUAUUGAUAGGCUAGUUGGAAUGGGAUUUGAACGUCAAUUGGCGAUUCAAGCUUAUUUUGCUUGCGAUAAAAAUGAGGAAAUGGCAGCCAAUUAUUUAGUUGAACACGGAUUUGAAGACUUUGAAGGAGGAGCAGGAGAUUUAUAA